AUGACAGAUUUGGGAGAUCUUCAUCACUUCCUCGAGAUCUCUGUCACCCGUUCUACUGAUGGUCUCUUUUUGUCUCAGCGACAAUAUGCGGUGGAUCUUCUUCAGCAUGCUGACAUGGCCGAGUGUCACUCUACAGCUACACCUGUUGACACUCGAGCCAAGCUGUCUGCAACAGAUGGUGAUCCUGUUGAGGAUGCCUCGCAGUACCGGAGUCUCGCCGGUGCACUUCAGUACCUCACGCUGACUCGACCCGACAUCGCCUACGUUGUUCAGCAGGCGUGUCUCUUCAUGCAUGAUCCCCGCGAGCCUCAUCUUGCGCUGCUCAAUCGGAUCUUGCACUAUGUGAAGGGCACAAUGUCUACUGUUCUUCACAUUGGCACUGGACCAGUGGAUCGCCUCACAGCCUACUCUGAUGCGGAUUGGGCCGGCUGUCCUGAUUCCCGACGGUCUACUUCCGGCUACUGUGUCUUCCUCGGCGACAAUCUGGUGUCUUGGAGCUUAUAUGCCCUUGUCUUCGGCGACCCUGGUCUACUGUGA